ACUUUCACUCACUCACGCCACAUCAUCAUCGUCAUCAUAUCAACCCCACACCUGCCUGUUAACGAUUGUUGCCAGGAGUAUUGGAUAUUUGCCAAAAUAUCAAUUAUUUUAACUAUUUGAGGAAAUCAUGAUUUUUAAUUAAAGGAAUUUGUUACUGAAAUAACUACAGGUUUUCUUUUCAACCCGUGACGUCACGUGAGUUGGCCCUUUUUCUGAUUGCAGUUGUGCCUUUAUGAACUUCUAACGAUGAGCGCUCCGGAGACCCAACCGCGGAACAUAUUUAGAGGAGUUGUAAAACAGAUAAUUUCUGGUGAGUCCAUCGUCAUUCGAGGACAGCCUAAAGGUGGACCUCCUCCAGAAAAGACCAUCACUCUCUCCAGCAUCAAAGCUCCUAAACUUGCCAAGAGAGCGACUGCAGGUUCUGAAGAGACAAAAGAUGAACCCUGGGCGUGGGAAGCAAGAGAAUUUCUGCGGAAGAAGCUGGUUGGAGAAUCCGUUACCUGCGUGGCUGCGGAAAAACAGCCCCCAGGAAACCGGAACUACUGCUCUGUUUACUUUAAAGAUGAGAAGGGUGAGAACAUGAACGAGGCACUGGUGGCCGAGGGGCUGGCCUCUGUGAGAGGCGGAGGUCCAGAGGUGGCCAAGCUGCAAGAGCUAGAGGCCCAGGCCAAAGCUGCUGGCAAGGGCAUCUGGAGCACCGACGACCGCUCAGCUCACGUGAGAGAUAUAAAGUGGUCCAUCGAGAACAUGCGCAACUUUGUGGACAAGAUGGGAGGCAAGCCUAUCAAGGCCAUCAUUGAGCAUGUGAGAGAUGGGUCAACUGUAAGGUGUUUCCUCCUGCCUGACUUUUACCACAUAACACUCAUGUUGAGUGGGAUCAGGUGUAACGGAUUCAAGUUGGAUUCUGAGGGAAGACCUGACCCAUCCAUCAAGGUUGAGUACGCCGAAGAGGCUCGCUACUACGUUGAGUCCCGGUUACUACAGAGAGAGGUUGAGGUGGUCUUGGAUUCUGUCAACAACAACAACUUCGUUGGCACCAUCAUUCAUCCUAGAGGCAACAUUGCAGAGCUGUUGCUGAAGGAAGGGUUCGCCAAGUGCGUGGACUGGUCCAUCGCCUUCAUGAAAAGCGGAGCAGACAAACUGAGAGCGGCAGAGAGAGAGGCUAAGGAGAAGAGAUUAAGACUUUGGAAGGACUACCAGUCAUCCACUCCGCAGCUAUCAGGCAAAGAAAAAGAAUUUACUGGUACUGUGAUGGAAGUUGUCAACGGUGAUGCUCUCAUGAUUAAACUGCCAAGCGGUCAGAUCAAGAAAGUUUUCCUGGCAAGCAUCAGACCUCCCAGAGAUCCGAGCGGGCCAGCACCUACUGGAGAUGGAUCACAACCGUUGGCACCUCGAUCCAAGAACUUCCGACCUCUUUACGACAUCCCAUGGAUGUACGAGGCACGAGAGUUCCUUCGUAAGAAACUGAUAGGAAAGAAAGUCAACGUGGUUGUGGACUACAAACAACCUCCGAGAGACAACUUCCAGGAGAAAACUUGCUGCACUGUGACUUUGGCUGGCCUGAACGUUGCAGAGGCAAUGGUGUCCAAGGGGUUGGCAACAGUUGUGAAGUAUAGACAAGACGACGACCAACGAUCCUCACACUACGACGCUCUGUUGGCCGCUGAGAUGAAGGCACAGAAGAGCGGCAAAGGACUGCACGCCAAGAAAGACACACCUAGCCACCGGAUAAACGAUUACUCUGGAGAUGCGCAAAAAGCGAAGCAGUUACUUCCACAUUUAAGAAGGGGAAACCGCAUUGAAUCGUUAGUUGAAUUUGUAGCAAGCGGUUCAAGGUUACGACUCUUCAUUCCCAAGGAAAGCUGCUUAAUCACAUUCCUUCUCGCAGGCAUUAACUGUCAAAAAGCCCCGAGGCAGAUUCCUGGAGGGAAGGUGGAAGGAGAUCCGUUUGGAGAGGAAGCUUUAGCCUUCACCAAGGAGCGUUGUUUACAACGAGAGGUAGAAAUCACAGUGGAGAGUACAGACAAGGCAGGUAACUUCAUCGGAUGGUUGUGGGUUGAGAACACUAACCUGUCUGUGGCGUUGGUCCAAGAGGGAUUAGCAGAAGUACACAGUUCUGCGGAGAGCUCAGAGUUCUACAGACAGCUGGUCAACGCAGAAGAAGCGGCCAAAGCAGCCAAGUUGAAGAUGUGGCAGACUUAUAACCCAGAAGAGGAAAAAGAAAAGCACGAAGAGGAACAGGUAACGGAAAGGAAAGUCGAACCUCAAAAAGUGUUCGUCAUAGAAGCAACGCCAGACCUCCAUGUAUUCGUUCAACUUGAAGAACAAGGACCAAAGUUAGAAACCAUGUUAGCCAAGCUGAGACAAGAACUAGAAACUGACCCGCCUCUUCCAGGAUCAUACACUCCCAAAAGGGGGGACCUGUGUGCAGCUAAGUUUACUGAAGACAAUUUGUGGUACAGAGCAAAAAUUGAAAAGGCAAGUGGGGGCAAAGCGCAAGUUCUGUACGUUGACUAUGGCAACAGAGAUGAGAUUCCAUUCUCCCGUCUGGGUCAGUUGCCAUCAGCCUUCGCCCAGGACAAGUACUACGCUCACGAGUACGCCCUGGCCUGUGUAAAGCUGCCUCAGGACCCUGACUACAUCCAAGAUGCCAUUGAAGCGUUGAGAACGGACACGAUGAAUAAACCAAUCCUGCUUAACGUGGAAUAUCGAAUGGCGUCCGUGCCGUACGUGACUCUCACUGAUGAGGCAACCAACAAUGACAUCAUCGAAGGUCUGAUCAAGGACGGACUGCUGCUGGUCGACACUAGCAAGAGGGACAGGAGGAUACAGAAAUUGCUCCAGCAGUACACGAAAGCACAAGACGAAGCAAAGAAGGCCCAUAUUGGAGUCUGGCAGUACGGUGACAUAACCGAGGAUGAUGACAAAGAGUUUGGCCUCGGCCGCUAAUCAUUCUUACACACCAGUUCUACCUGUGACAUAAUGAUAAUAGUGUCGAGAAAACUGAAAAGUUACUUUCAGAUCUCAAGCUUGUUGAAACAUAAUCAGACAUAAUGAUAUGCAUGUAAUUAUUAUCGAUAUUUGCAUCCAUCUUCCAUUAACGUAUCGUUUAGUAAGUUUUUCUUUGUUUUUUUAGCCUGUCUGAUUUUUGGACCGGUUAGAGGUUAGUUUUUAUUUUUGUGGUUUUUAUUAUCGAGACUGAUGGUAAAUUAUUUACAAUGUUUGCUAAGAGCAUAUUUUUACGGAUGUUUUAUUUAUCGUUAAAGUAUUUAUCACACUGUUGUGUAUCCGACAUACGAUCAUUUUUAUAUGAAAUAUUAUGAAAGACCAAUUGAUAGUUGAUUUCUGUAUCAGGGAUUUGUGGGCUGAGGCUGUAAGAAGAUAAUUUAAAAUCAA